CGGUAAUCUUAUGAUUAUUAUACACAUGUAUUCACGGACGCGCGUAAAUAUUUUAAAACUAAACAUAUAUAUAAAUAUGUCUAACAUAAUAUAAUAUAUGUAGGUAAUGCUUCUCUUAUAACUUAUAGUAGUGCUUCUGUUAUAGUACACAGUUGGGUUUGAUCGAGUUAGGUUCCGCGGAGUUAGGUUCCGCGGAGUUAGGUUCCGAGGAGUUAGGUUCCCCGGAGUUAGGUUUGAUAUGAUUAAGUUUUUUUUUUUUAUUUUUUUACGAAAAAUAAUAAUAAUAAUUGAUAAAUGGAGUUAGGUUUGUUCGUGUUCGAGGUUUCUUGAAGUUAAAUUACGUUUUAAAUAACUACUCUUAUGUAAAACUAUAUAUACGAGUAUAUAUGUAUUAAUGUGUAUAUAAUAUUAUGUAUUAAUAUUUAAAUAAUAUUUUAUUGACAUUGUACACCACAAAUCGAAAUGGUGAGAAAGGAAGAGGGGGUGAGGGGGCCGUUUAUGUGAAUUUUAUAGCCCUCUCGCUCACACGGACACUAACUCCGUCUCUUUCCGACCAGCACAUAAAAGACGCCGGCGACGCGUUGCUUCGUUUAUUCCCUCUCGUGACUCGUUAAAGUAACGUACACGCGUGUCGUAGUAAUUUUUCGCAAUGGCCCGUACCAAACAGACCGCUCGUAAAUCCACCGGUGGUAAAGCGCCCCGCAAACAGCUCGCCACCAAGGCGGCCCGCAAGAGUGCGCCCGCCACCGGCGGUGUCAAGAAACCCCAUCGCUACAGACCCGGCACCGUAGCCCUACGUGAGAUCCGUCGCUACCAGAAGAGCACUGAGCUUCUGAUCCGCAAGCUGCCCUUCCAGCGUCUGGUCCGUGAGAUCGCUCAGGACUUCAAGACCGACCUGCGCUUCCAGAGCUCCGCCGUUAUGGCUCUCCAGGAGGCCAGCGAGGCUUACCUCGUCGGUCUCUUCGAGGACACCAACCUGUGCGCCAUCCACGCCAAGCGUGUCACCAUCAUGCCCAAGGACAUCCAGCUGGCUCGCAGGAUCCGCGGUGAACGUGCUUAAACGUCCUGUGUGUAUGUGUGUGUGCCUAAACCACCACGCUAAAACUGACACGAAGCAUAAAUCGCCGAACGCAGUCUGCGCGAACGCAUAAGGUUACAUUAUAUGUAUUAUUUUGUACCACGCGUUUUGCGUUUGGACAUGCGAACGUGAAGCUUCUGUCAAAUCAAAAGGCCCUUUUCAG